UUGACGAUCAGUCACGAACGUCCAUCAUUACGCAGCUGAUUUUAAUUCGAUCGUGUUUUCUAACCGUAUGAAGACAGCUCCCACAGUUCGGCGUUCGCAUAAUAUAUAAAAUCCAAAUCGUUAAAGAAAUCUUGUGAUUACAUCAACACUGCACGUCAAACAGUACCUAUAUAAGAUUCAUUUGAAGUCGGAAAUUUAUAGCAAAUACCUAUACAUAUUUAGGUGACUUUGAUUAGCUUUGCAGACUGGAACGUAAACCAGCAACGAUACCGUAUUGGGAAAUUGUAAUUUUCACGCCCAUUGAAACAGAUAAAUAAUUAUUAUUGCAAAGACGACGGAAGUACGUCCGGUGGCGUCGUUGCGUCUUUAGAGUAAUCGUUGCUACAACAUAUACACGGUCGGACGCGCUGCGCGUGCAUUCCGGAAGGGGUAACACCCAAAGGAGAAGACACGCAUUACUGUUUCACUUAUAGUAGCGGCGAGCACAUGUUUCAGUGACAAUAUGUCCAGGAAAAUGGGAGCUUCGACUCCCUCAUACUACCCGUCCGAAGCCGAUUUUGUAGUCAAGACGCCCCAGAAACCAGCCGACGCCUGUAAACCUCGUCACCAUUCCGAUCAAAUACAAUACAUCAGCCUGAUCGGACUGAUGCAAGUAGUUACCGGAUGUCUAAUGGUCGUUUUUGGCGUGCUGUCGAUGUUACACGAGGCGUCCUUGUCCAGUGUGGGCGCCGGCCUUUGGAGCGGUGCGAUGGCCAUGGGCAACGGAGUAGUUGGACUGAUGGCCAGCUUAAACGGAUGUCUUUCGCCAGAUAGGACACUGUCUCCACUGUCCGUUACAAUUUAUCUGGCUCUGUGUUUAGUGUCCGUGGGUGUCAGUAAUCUGGCCAUCAUACUUACAGCUAUUGGACUGUUGAAGGACUCGCAGAAGCCAUAUUACAUCAUUCCAAAAGACAAGACACAUUACAAAACGUUGACAGCGGAUCAGUUACAGACAAAUUGGGCCCCCGUGUUGGCGAAUUUAGGUUUACUACUGGCUACGUCCGUACAAUGUCUAACCACAAUGUUGGCCGCAUUCCGUUUCUACCGACUCGUUAGGUUGAUUGUGGCCGGUGAACAACAAACUUCGUGGUCGAAUUCAAGACACAGGAGUUCGUCGUGUUGCAGUUCAAGCGUUGGAAGCAAACAGAAACUUGUACAAAAGUGGUUGGUGCAACAAACUCCAUCUCAGCUGGACCAACCUCGUCAACAGACAAACUAUCCCGGGCAGGUCUACGUCAAUAAAAUGGGCGUUUACGACGAAACGAGAACCUUGCCCAAGUGGAAAAGUCACAGAACGGCGCCAAAACUGAAACCGGCAAGACCGGACAGAAGGGAGAGGAGACCGUCAAACGAUGCCGCGGAUGUGCACAGGGCAUACACAGGCAUGGACAGAGAGAUUGUCGAAGAGUUCAUUUCCGUCACUAUGGACCCAAAACACUAUAGCUGAUAUCGUCUAUUUUGUAUAUCUGAUAAGUGAUAAGUGUAUGCGAGUUGAAAAUUUUAUUAUACAUUUGAGGAGGCGUGUCACGUCCUACCUGAAACACAUUUUCGCUCGACAUGUUUACGCGAACCUCUGAAAAGGGUUCAUUUUAAAAUAACGGAUUUUAAAAAUACUAUACCGCAAUAUCUCUACGACACAUUUAUGUAUUAUACAUGCGUGUCUCGAUAUAAUAUACAUAAUACAUAUUACCUAUAAAAUAUCAACAUGGCCCAUUCCGUGUAAAAUAUAAACAUGACUGUUUUCACUUUUCA